AAGCAGGUCUUCUAGUAGUUGCUUCUUUUUUUGAUCCAAAUUCAGGUGUACCGAAAUCUACUUACUAUAAAGAAAUUGCUAAGAUUUUAGAAACCAUAAUAAUACAAAAUUCUACCUUAUUCCAAAUAGAAUUUUGCUAUUCAUCAAUUAAAGAUGCUAUUAAUUUAAAAUCAUAUUUAGAAAGAUAUAAUAUGCAAGAAACAUUAUUAAAAAUUGAAAAUAGCAAUAUUCAAGAACAAAUAAUAUUAUUAAGAAAAGCACCACACUUUCCUUCUGAUAUUUUUCCUAAUGAACAAAUUAUACAAACAUUAAAAAAAAAAUAA